AUCUUACAGAGGUCAACUAAAGGGCAGCCAACAACAACCAGAACAACAAUAACAGAGUCAUUGCCCUGGAAGGCAAGGGCUGGCAUCCUCCCAAGCUCCUCCACCCUCCUCCUCCUCUCUCUGUGGCCAAAGAGGAGCCCAUAAGAAUCCAGCCUUUUGCCAGGCAGGCUCCCCCUCUUGACCCCUCCGAGAAGCCCAGUGGCUCCUUCUGACCUCCUCCCUCCCUCCCUCCCUUCCUUCUUGGCAUCCCCUCAUUGCAGCCAGGCUGCCUCGGUGAGUGUGACUGGUUGCAACGCAAACGUGACGGCGCUUCCUCGGCCUCUGGGGCUCCUCCUCUCGGCUCUUGGUCACGCGGACGCAGAGUCUGAGUCCAUGCCCAGCGCUGCCCAGAGCCUGGGUUGUUGAGUUCCCCAUCGCCGGUGGUGGCUCCAGAUCGUGGGUUGAGGCUGGUCCUCAUCAGAUCGGAAAAGCUGGUCAGAAUAGGUGCAUCACCAUCACCAUCCUCAUCAAGAUUGGCUUCACAUACAGUUUGAAAGAUGGCACCAAAGCAAGAAGAACAGGAAUUUGUAACUGUCUUGGUUCGAGAUCCCCAGCUGCAAAGGGAAGACUUUUGGCAUUCGUAUAUAGACUAUGAAAUCUUCAUUCAUACAAACAGCAUGUGUUUUACAAGGAAAACAUCUUGUGUCCGGCGGCGCUUUAGAGAAUUUGUGUGGCUUCGGCAGAGACUUCAGAGCAAUGCAGUGUUAAUACAAUUGCCAGAACUUCCAUCCAAAACUCCUUUUUUUAACACAAAUAAUCCCCAACAUGUAGAUCAACGUCGUCAAGGUUUACAAGAGUUUCUUCAAAAGAUCCUCCAGAAUCCACUACUGCUUUCAGACAGCCGACUUCACCUCUUUGUACAAACCCAGCUGAGUCCAGAAGACAUUGAGGCAUGUGUAUCAGGACAUACAAAAUAUUCUGUUGCUGAAGCGAUCCACGAGUUUGCCUGCUUGAAACGGAAGUUUCCUGUAGAACACAAAGAGAUAAAAAAAGAAGAAAAUUCUGCGGAUUCAGAUUCUGAAAGUUCAUCCUCCGGGCUUGGACACAGCAGUGAUGAUAGCAAUUCACACGGAUGUAAAGGAAGCACAGUUCCUGAGGAACCCUGAAAUAUCAUUUGUACAUUGCCAUCACUAUAAUGACCAAUGUAACUUCUAUUAUGGUUGAAGGUUGCCUGUGACACAGACGUACCAUCUGCCCAGUUGCCAAGGCACGUAUUUUCUCAGCUUUCAAAACAGCUUCUUCAUUCAUUCAUUUUACAGCGGAUGCAUUAUAAUAUCAAAUGAUACAAAUAUUGCCUGUAGCAAGACGCCAUAUAUAAAUGAGAUCUCUAGUUGAGAUUUUAUGGACCUCACUGUAAGGUUGGGAGGCAGGGGGGGGGACUUAGAAUUCAGUGUUUUAAAAUACAUUUGAAAAUCUAAUAUCUUGGAGUUCAUAAGAGAUUUUUUUCAUCUGGCAUUUUAAACGACAGUUCCACUGUCUUUCAAAUAUGGUGUUAGUUAGCUACAUAACUCAAUUAUAUUGUUGAAACCAAACAGUUUUUAAGUCAUAAUCAGUCCACUCUGCACCUUGUGCAUGUUUCCUCAGGAGUAAAUCCUAAUAUACGUAUUUCUAGAAGGAAAGGACUGCAGCCAAAAAGGAUUAAGUGACGAAAUGAGGUGUUUGAUUUAAGAAACAUGCUGAAAGCCUUUGUCCCACAUUGAGUAUAAUGUUGCAACCACUACGAGUCACUUAUCAGUGUAAGUUUGAUAUUCUGAAAUCCAGUACAAUUUCAUAGUCUUCAGUAUAUUUAACUAUGGCCACAAGCCAUUGUAUACAUUUUGCCUUUUGUUGCGAUUCAAAAAAUAGUGCCUUUGAUUAGGCCUGCCAUUUACAGAAUGUGUGUGUGUAUGUAUGUAUGUAUGUAUGUAUGUAUGUAUUAUUUUAUCCUUUUUACAGUGAUGUAGCAAUAAGAAAUAAUAGGGAAGGGAAGAUUUUAGCCAGUCAUAAUCAGAAAUAAACUUCCAGACAUCCAGCUGUUACUUUAGUAGUAUUUCUUCCAGCUAUGUUUAAAAUAAAAUAUUCAGCAGAGUAACUCUGAAAAUUUGUUUCUGUAUGUUUGUCAGUCCCAUGAUAAUUUAAUUGGCACUCCAUCCAAAAAUGUAUUUACUAGAACAAGCUUUCUGUUCAAAUAAAGCAAACUAUUUUUUUCUUUAUUGGAGUGAAUGAGGAAGAGGGGACUAGAAACAAAAGCUACUUUGAGCCAUUGAUGUUGAUGAUGUCAAUAUUUGUAUAUUAAACAUCAAAACAUCUUGCAACUCAUGUUUGGGCUGAGUUGCUAAAAAUACUUGCUCCAAAUCACUGAAUGGGAGCCAGUAGCAAGGUAUGAAUUUAGGACACUGUUACAAUAUUAAAGUUAACACAGUAAAUAGUGUGUCUGCCACUGUUACCAUGAAUGAGCAAAAGAUAUCAACAGAAAACCAUCUAAAACAGCAACUUAAAAAACUUGAAUAAGAUAUUGUCUACUUUAUACUUACCUGUGCUAAUUACUGUUAAUUUGAAUAAAUUUGUGCACUUUAAAUGUAGAAGUCUGCUAAAACAAAUAUAAAUACUGUAAUAUGCAAAGCCUGAAUACCUCGUAAUACCACUAUGCUGCCACUUACAUGAUGUCUGCUCCAGAGUAAGUGACUUCAUUAUUUCAGUUUGAGGAUAGUGAACUACAGCAACUUUUCCAGUCAAGGUUUAUCUUAGAGCAGCCCAAUCCAGUUCCAAAUUGUUGUAAUAUGUAAUUAUGUUAUUAGCUUUAUCACAUUUUGCACAAACUGCAUUUUGUAUUGUUAUAGUAUUUCUUUCUGUACAGUGGACAACUGCCUUUCACACUGUCAGUGCAGUCCUAUGCAUGUCUACUCAGGAGUAAGUUUUAUUUGGUUUACAGGGGCUUACUUCUAAGUAUAUGUAGGAUUCUAUGUCUCCUUUUGAAUGUGUUUUUGAUCUGCCAAACUGUUACUGAAUGCCUAAAUGUUUGCUAUUCUGAGUGUUUUACUGUUUUUAAUAUGUCUACAAAAUGUUUGUACUUCGUCACAUUUCAAAAUAAAAUAUUCUAUAUGUAA